UGUGUGUCUCUUGAAUUUCAGCAGAAAGUCAAAAAUGUCUUCCACUGUACUUUGUGCUGUUAUUUUGCUGGCCUCGACCUUGACAUUUAGUGCUGCUCAAUCAAGCUGCAGAGGACGAUGUGGUGCUGAGUACUACAGGGGCUACAUGUGCCAGUGUGAUUAUAACUGCCUGCUUUAUGGAGAGUGCUGUAAAGACUUUGAAGCUAAAUGCACCACAAAAAACUCAUGUAAAGGACGGUGUGGAGAAACCUUCAAAAGAGGUCGUCUGUGUAGCUGCGAUGCUGACUGCAUAAAGUACAAGCAAUGUUGUGCAGACUACGAGGCACACUGUGAUGCAGAAGUAAUCGCCAAAGAAGAAAUCAGUGAAGAAGCCAGUACUACAGCACCAGUGAAGACUUAUUCAUGCCAAAAAGUAAAUGAUAACAAACCCAAAGAGCCAACUCUGAAUGAAGCAACAGAGCAGACUUCUACAUACAGCGAGGAAAACAAUGCAGAUGACCAUUCAAUUCCACUGAUCAGUCCAACAUCAUAUCCACAAGAUGAUCUCAGUGAUGAUGAACUUUCCAACAAUGGAGUGGGGGAUCCUAAGACAAGUCCAAUCCCAGAGAGCACCAGUGGUGAUGGAUUGUCUAUAGCAGACCUGCUGGAUCCGUUUCCUAAUAAACCCAAACAGGAUCCAGACACUCUGGAGUCCAGUACAGACAUAACUGAAAUAACAAAGGAUAAUAACAACCCCUCCACCCUUUCCCCCACCAUUGGAGAAGCCCUCACUGAAAGCACAGAUGCCAACGAUCCUGCCAGCUCAUCCGAUGCAGGAACAACUCUCCCUCAGCCCACAACAGCAGUUGACCAUGUCUCCAGCCAGCCUGCUUCAACAUCCGUACCCCAAACAGGGAAUUCUCCUACAGCUAACACUCCAGAGAUUGACAUUAUAACAGAGGCGCAGUCUAAAGAUGAUAUUUUCCCUGAGGCACAAAAUACAGAUCCCUCUGAUAAGCCAGAGGUUAUAACCACAGAUGCUGUGACUUCAGUAUCCACAGGACCAACACAGGGCUCCUCCACAGUCCUGGAAAACACUGAGGUCACCACGAUCUCUGCCUCAACAACUCUGCAUCCAACACCCACCCCAACCAUCUCAAACCCUAAACCAGAUGACACUGAGAUCAAAGCAGAGGAUGUCACAACUCAACCUCUAACCCCAGACCUUAAAGAUCCUUCCAUCAGUGUUUCUCCUGCAGGGAACUUGUCAGAACCCGAUGCCCUGACGACCCACAUCCCUACAUCCACAAAGCCAGUGCAGGAUGAUGUUACACCAGGAGUGACCACUACUGAUCCACCAAAUGUCACCACAGACCCUACCAAACCCACAACAUCCGAAGCCACCUCAAAACCCCAGGACCUCAAACCUAAGCCAUACAAGCCACCGCCAGCUGAACCAACUGCUGCUAAACCAACUGCUGCUAAACCCAGCUCCAAACCUGAGCCAUACAAGCCACUGCCAUCUGAACCAGCUGUGGCUAAACCCAAACCUGAGACCAAACCUCUGUACACUGAACAAACUCUCAACAGAGAGGAACCUAGAGACUUCCAAGCAGAUGACAACAGUGAUACAAAUCUGUGUAGUGGGCGGCCGGUCAGUGCAGUCACUACGCUGAGGAACGGCACUAUCGUGGUUUUCAGAGGGCACUACUUCUGGUUCCUGGACAGAAACAGGGUUCCCGGUCCAGCUCGUGAAAUCACACAAGUGUGGGGUAUCCCUUCCCCCAUUGACACUGUGUUCACCCGCUGCAACUGCCAGGGCAAAACAUACAUUUUCAAGGGAGGCCAGUUUUGGAGAUUUGAAAAUGAUGUUUUGGACACUGGAUAUCCAAAAGUUGUUCAAACAGGCUUCGCUGGGCUUCGUGGCCACAUCACAGCUGCUCUGUCUGUGCCUCAAUACCAGAACAGGAGAGAGUCAGUUUACUUCUUCAAGAGAGGUGGAUUGGUCCAGAAAUAUUCAUACCAGCUUGGCACCAGUCCGACAUGUAGCAGAAAACCUCAGUUCAGCAUUUCCACAGUCCGCCACCGAAUCGCUCGACAAGCAGUGUCUCCUCUAGGGCCAACCAUCAACAUCCAGACAUCUUGGAGAGGUUUCCCUUCCAUGAUCACGGCUGCCGUGUCCGUACCAAGCAACAGAGAACCGGAGGGAUACAAAUACUACGUCUUCUCAAGAUCCAAAUCCUACAAUGUGAGGAUGGAUGCUGAACACCCUGUCAUUGCUGCUCCUGCAGCCAACACGACACCUCAGAGCAACAGUUUCUUCAAAUGCCCAAAGAAAGUCUGAAAAUCGAGUUUGUUCCUCAUAGUUUAUUACAUCAUUCAUAAAACACACUGCUUCAGCACAAGCUGAUUACAAAAGGUACUUUACAAGCACAAUAAAAACAAAAGCAAAACAAAAAACAACAGGCUUCAGAACAUGUGAUCAUUAUCGAGGCUGAAAACAGAAUCUGAACAGUCUGAUUAUAAAAUGUGUUUGACGGAAAUGACGAGUUCUUCAGUCGUGGUUGUCAAGUUCUCAUUAGUGCUUCAUCUCGCGAAUCGUCUUCCAUCUAUACCUCGAGAAGGAAAUCCUUGACCUGUUGAGAUAAAAAUGUUUUUUGGUUUUUAAGAUAAGCCUGCUAUACUGAUGUAAAAAUUCUGUAUUCUGUAUAAAAUAUGUAUGUAAAAGUUUCCUGUUUUUUCCUGUGCUGAAUUAUAAUCUGCCAACGUAUAUUAAAUGGUAAACUGGGAAUACAAAUGAAGCCAGUGCUUUGCAUGACUGUCAUAAUUCAGAAAAUGUGAGUUGUGAACAUAGAUUCAUAUAGAGCUGCCGUUGUCCUGCCAUUAAUAUGCAAUGUUAGUAGAUUAACAUAGACAAAGAUCUGUUUGAGUUGAUUAGUACUGUUUUUCAGGCAUGCAACAACUUUCAACAAUAAUAUUAUUUAAAGAGCAGUAAUAUUUUAGAAUCCUUCAUUUAUCUAUAUAUUGUAACGUGUUUUUACAAAUCUGAAACAUCAAGCUGGAAAUCUAUAAUUCCAUUGUGAUUUAUAAUAAAUAUAGCAGUACUGUUUCAUCAAAGGUCUGUGUGGAGGCUGUUUAUUGGACAUUGCAAACCUCUAAAAAAAAAAAAAAAA